AUGCUGAAUAAACUCGGCUUCCGGUUUGUCGUGGGUGCACUCAGUUCUCCUUUGCUUAAAUCACAGCAACCUCCUGUACACCUUCCCCCCUCCGGCCUGCUUCCAUGCAAAGAUUCGGUAUAUCAGGCAACAUACAUUUACGAUGAGCAAGUCGACAUUUUCGACAAAGCCUCAUCAUUUCACUUUGACCGAGGUCAUCCUGUAGCUGCAUUCACAAGGUUAUCCCAUCAAAGAGGUAGGAUGGGCAAUGCAUUAAGGAGGGCAGCGGCUCAAACUACGAAUCGGCCAAAAGUCGUCGUCCUUGAGCUUGAAAUGCACCAAUUCUAA